AUGGCCCAGAUGAGGGCAAGCUUCCCAUGGCAACACUUUAUUAAUCAAGUGCUGGCCACCCAAUGGAGCAACAAUAACAACAACAACACAGGUGUAAGGGUGGAAGAGGAUUUGGCUAAGCCAUAUAAACCAAGUAAUUUGUCGUGUUUCUCUCAGCAGAUUGCCGAUUAUGAUUUUCAAACAAAGAUCAAAAUUCCGUCCCACAUCAAAACAUAUGAUGGGACUGAAGACCCAGAGGAUCAUCUCCAGAUCUUUACUGGUGCUGCUAGGAUCGAGAAAUGGUCUAAUGCUGAAUGCUGUCUCAUGUUCAUGCAAACCCUUGUCGGGUCAGCCAGAAUAUGGUUCAAUGAUUUACCUGCCAGAAGCGUUCGAAGCUUCGAUGACCUUAACAAAGGGUUCCUGGCCAAAUUCUCCCAGCAAAGGCGGUACGUUAAAGAUGCCACGGUGAUUUUCCAGAUAAAACAAAGGGAUGAUGAAAGCUUUCGAGAGUUCAUAGAAAGGUAUAAAAAGGAAGGUCUAACGUAUGUGGGGGCGGAUGAAAAGAUGAGAGUAGCCGGUUUCAUGAAUGCAAUUACCUCCAAAUACCUUACCAGGGAUUUCAACAAGUCCCUGCUAAAGACAUUAGAAGAAGCUCUCGAAAGGGCCGAAGCCCACAUCAGAGGAGAGGAGGCUGUAGACAUAAAAGAGCAAAGAAAAACGGGAUCUAGCUGGCGAGAGAAGGGCCACCAUACUAAUGAUUGCUUCCAACUCAAAAAGAGGAUUGAAAAGGCCGUCAAGUCCGGGGAGCUUGCCCACUUAGUAAAGGGGGUAAGAGACAAGAUAGCCGAAGGAAAGGGCAUGGAAGUUAACGUGGUAGAUUUUGAUGGAAAGGUUCCCCACAAACGGCAGCGGUUGGAAGCUUGGGAACUUCAGUGUAACUACUUCCCUCCAACAGAAAAGGACCCACUCUCAAACCCCCUUGUGGUUGAAGCAAUUGUGGGUACACUAAAGACAAGCAGAGCAUACAUAGACACUGGUGCAGCCACUGAAAUUAUGUUUGAGAAGUUCUUCAACCGUUUGAGAAAUGAGGAACGUUCGAAGCUUCAACCCUCCGUAACCUCCAUAAAAGGUAUUGCCGACAUACCCCUCAAGCCUUUAGGGCAACUAACACUUGAUGUCCGUUUCAGUGAAGGCAAGAUGGAGAGAAUCCAACCUCUCACUUUUGUGGUCAUCAAUAUACCUUUAAACUAUUAUGUCAUCAUAGGAAGGCCGGGGCAAUGUGCAUGCUACAUGACUGUUUCUGUUGGUUAUGGCACAGUUAAGUUCCCUACCGAGAGAGGGAUUGCGACCCUUCGACCCACACAAGAGGCUUACAUGGUUGAAGGGGAAAGUUCCAAAGGUGAAGAAGACAAGCAAGGGCUGAUCAUAAACCCCAAGUAUCCUGAACAAAGGAUAAGGGUUAAUUCAAGCCUUUCACAAGAAACUCUCUCAUAUCUUGAAAAGCUGCUAGUACAUUAUAGUUAUGUCUUUGUUUGGUGCCCAUAA